AUGGUGUCACUCCGAUCUCCGUUGGCUUGUUUACUGUUGUGGAUAAAUAUAUUCUCCACUGUAGUGAAUGGGCAGGGCCAAAUGGUUGACCCUCCUGGAAGAAGCAGCAUGUGGAGGCUUGGUUUUGCUACUCCUAUUAACUUCCAUGACAAUCGUCUCAACUGUGGGAACAGAAAGCAACCUUUAAACUUUUGGAGUGGAAACUGCGGCCUAUGUGGUGACCCAAGGGAUCAAGAUCCAAAAGAAAACGAGGCUGGUGGAAAAUUCGCCACGGGGAUUAUCUCAAAGAAUUAUAAGAAGGGAGCGGUCAUUUCAAUCAAAAUACAAAAGUUAUCCAACAGCGAAGGUUUCUUUGAAUUCCGUCUUUGUGAAAAUAAUGAUGUGACGAAAAGAAUAACAAGAGACUGUUUGAAGCAUUUAUUGGUAAAUCCGGAGACCGGAGAGACGAGGUACCCUGUUUCAGCGCCUGUACAGUAUAUUGAUGUAUCAGCCAAGCUUCCGUCGGAUGUCACGUGUUCUCAAUGUGUCCUACAAUGGCGGUAUCGCACAGGGAGCGCCGACGAAAACUGUGAAACCUGCGAACAACAGGAAUUUUACGCUUGUUCAGAUAUUGCGAUCACGGACAAUGAUAUACCGGCAAGGACAAAAAAGGAUGGAGAUGGCAUCGCACCUGUUCUUAUUGGUUCCCAAGCUCCCAAUCAUCCUGCCUCUAAUCGCAGCUCACUUGCAGAAUGUGUGUCUAUUUUUCCAGGCGUUUCCACCAUCUGGUGUGAACGAAACUGCAGACACCAUCCAACCCAUUGUCCAGCGUAUAUGUGUCAGUGUAUUGGGACGUCUUCAACUACUGAUCCCUCCCCUACCACUACCACCCCAACCACUACACCUACGUCUGCUACCUCUGAUACGCCUACUACACCUGAACCUACCACUACACCUACUUCUGCCACCUCACCUAAGACUACCACCUCUUUUACCACCACUACUAACCCAACUACCUCCACUUCCACCACUUCUACUACCUCCCCCACGUCUACCGCCCCUUUGAACACUAAAGCUCGUAGAUGUGUAUCAAUUUAUGACAGCGUCGACGACGGAUGGUGUGAUUUAAACUGUAAUCAUAUCCCAACAUUUUGCCCAAGGCAUAUGUGCAAGUGUAUCACUGUUCCUAUUACCACUCCAACAACUGCAAGUACCACCACUACGACACCAACAACUACAACCACUACGAAACCAACAACUACAACCACCACGACACCAACAACUACAACUACGGCUCUACCCACCACUUCAUAUUUUGACUAA